AUCCACUCAAAACCCGUCAAUGUACACGCGACCCUUCCAGUCCAUCGCAAAACACUCAACUACCGCCCUCGCAAACCCGCGCUACCAAUUCACCCUCUGUACCUUCUCCACAUCACCCCGCCAUUGCGCAGCCUACAACAUGCCACAAGCGCCCAGAAUAAACAAGAUCGAGGCUUUGCCUGCAGCUGAGGCCAAGUGGGUAGAAUUCCAAAAGAUCUCCUGGCAAGACCAGACAGGUCGGGAGCGCGUGUGGGAAGCCGCGAACCGCAAAACGCGCGGCAGAGCGGGCGUUGACGCAGUCGCUAUCACGACCGUGAUCCGGCACCCGAAGCGCAAACCCAGCACAAUAAUUAUCCUGCAGUACCGCCCACCCGUCGAUGCCGUCUGUGUAGAGCUCCCUGCCGGGCUGGUGGACGAGAAGGAAACUCCCAGCGAUGCCUCCGUGCGCGAGCUACACGAGGAAACGGGGUACAAGGGCAAGUUGACCUUCAUCUCGCCGACGAUUGUCAGCGACCCCGGGUUGAGCAGCGCGAACAUGCAGCUCGCAACCGUCGAAGUCAACCUGAAAGAAGGGGACACGGAGCCCGAACAGGCGCUGGAUGAUGGGGAGUUCAUUGAGAAGGUGGUUGUGCCGCUUGAUGAGCUGUAUGAGAGGCUGGUGCAGUACGAUAAGGAGGGGAAGACGGUGGACGCGAGGUUGUGGCAUUGGGCGGCGGGUAUGCAUUUUGCCAAGACGAUGUUGUAGAGUGUGGGGUUUGAGUGCGCUGGAUUCAAUAUCCAUCAUACUAACGAGCGACGGUUGAUUGGGUUGCAUGCUUUCGUGCCGUUUGAUCUUUGCUGUAUUGCUGUGGAACGAAGUUUUUGAUUGAUUCAACUGCUGUUCUGG